CAUUUUUCAGACUCAAGCAGGGUAGGGCGCAGGGCGGCUGGCCCCCGCAAGAAGAGAGAGAGAGAGAGAGACAAGUCUGCUACUUCCCUAGCUGAAUCCAUCAGCUAUCACAAUCAAUUGAUGUCUUCAGAUGAGAUUUAAGGUUGUACUGCGCAUUUAGUUGCUUUGACGCUAAUUCGCCGUCGGUCGUCCAAAAAACAUUAUUACAACCCGACAAAAUGUCAGAGCCUGCGGUGGCCGACACUCGCCGGUUGAAUUCAAAGCCACAGGACCUGACGGAUGCUUACGGCCCCCCCAGCAAUUUCCUGGAGAUAGACGUCUAUGAUCCACAAAUCAUUGGAGUUGGACGAAAUCGUUAUACAACUUACGAAGUUCGUAUGCGGACAAACCUUCCCAUUUUCAAACUGAAGGAUUCCACCGUGAGAAGAAGAUACAGUGACUUUGAAUGGUUAAAGAAUGAGCUGGAAAGAGACAGUAAGAUUGUAGUACCACCUCUUCCGGGUAAAGCCCUGAAGAGACAGUUGCCAUUCCGCGGAGAUGAAGGCCUUUUUGAGGAGUCCUUCAUUGAGGAGCGACGAUCCGGCCUGGAGCAGUUCAUCAACAGAAUUGCAGGUCACCCUUUGGCCCAGAACGAGCGCUGUCUUCACAUGUUUCUGCAAGAGGAGAGCAUUGACCGUAACUACAUUCCCGGAAAAGUAUGAAUGAAAC